AUGUGUAUUGGCCGCGCUAAACUGGACACAAAAAUAAAAUUUAAAUUCAGAUGAUUCGUUAACAACUCAGUUCAGUUCAAUUUGGAUAUUUUAACUAAGAGCAUCUUUACGGUACUGAUUGUGUGUUAAGAAUCGUUGACUUUGAGAAUUUUUUUAGGUUGUUCGGGGGAGUAAAAUGAAAGCUCUGAUUAUUGCUCUCUUUGCUAUUAGCACAACGGUCAUUGUUGAUGCUCAGCUUCGUCAAAGCGCUGCUGUUGACACGGGAAAAAAAGUCGUUUGUGUUUACAAUAGUACUUCAUUUACACGCGAAGGUCUUGGAAAGGUAACAAUUCCAGAACUUGAACCAGCUGUUUCAUUCUGUGAUGUUUUGGUUUAUGGAUGGGCAGGAAUUGAUCCGAUCACCAACAAAGUGAAAUCAUUGAACGAAAAAUUAGAUUUGGAUCAAGGCCAAGGUCUCUUCCGUCAAGUGACUAAUCUCAAAACGAAGUAUCCAAAGUUGAAAGUUUUGUUGGGCGUUGGUGGUAAUGCUGAUCCAAACCAUGAUAUUUAUUUGCAAUUAUUGGAAAAUCCAGCUGCCUUCGCAAUCUUUAUUAAUAGUGCAUACACAUUGGUAAAAUCUUACCAUUUUGAUGGAUUAGAUCUUGGUUGGGAGUUCAAACCAAAUAAGCCAAAGCGAAUUCGCUCAGGAAUAGGCAGUUUUUGGUAUUCGACAAAGAAAGUAUUUGGUCUAGCCGGCAAACCAUUAGAUGAUAAUUCUGAACAACAUAAAGUUGCCUUUAAAGAUUUGGUUCGUCAAAUUAAAGAUGCUAUUCGACCCGAUAAUUACAUUUUAGCGUUGACUGUUUUGCCAAAUCAAAACACAACUGUUCAUUAUGAUGUCGCUGGCCUAGCACCAAAUGUUGAUUUUGUUACACUUGCCACAUACGAUUAUCAAACAUGGGAACGUAAUAAUAACGAAGCCGAUUAUCCAGCACCAAUUUACAGUUUGCACGAACGUAUUCCAGAGAGUAAUGUUGACUAUCAAGUUAAUAUGUGGCUUCAAAAUGGAUUACCUAGUCAUAAAUUGAUUAUCGCUAUUCCGACUCACGGUCGUUCAUGGCAAUUGUCAACUGAAUCAACCAGAACAGGAGUACCACCAAUUAGUGAAAACGUUAAUAAUCCCGGACAAGCCGGAAUACAAACGGGAACGCCUGGAUUUUUGUCCUACCCCGAAGUGUGUAGUCUUCUUCCAAAUCCAAGCAAUGCUCAUUUGAAAGGCGAACAUCAACCAUUACGCAUUCAACGUGAUCCAUCAACACGUUAUGGUACUUAUGCCUAUCGCUUACCUGAUGAAAAUGGAAACUUUGGAAUUUGGGUUGGUUAUGAAGAUCCAGAAACUGCACAGAGCAAGGCUACUUAUGCUGUUCGCAAAAACUUGGCUGGUGUAGCCAUUCAUGAUUUGGGUAAUGAUGAUUUCCGCGGUUCAUGCACGGGUGAUAAAUAUCCAAUUUUGCGUGCUGCCAAAUAUCGUUUGGCACAACCAAAUUAAUCACACGUAAUAUGUCAUGUACAAGCGAAAUAAGUUCCCGCUUUUUUUCAUGUUAUAUGUAGAUUGUCAAACGCAAGAAACUCUUUCAAAUAAAGCAUACUGAAAAACUACUUACGAGUAGCUACCUCAAA